AAAAAAAAAGGAUAAGUGAGUAAAAACUGUUUUUGCUUGGAAAGGUUGAGAUUCUGAUUUUGACUUGAAAUUCUGUUGUUGAGCCGCGUGAGCCUCACGGACUCAAAAACCCAUCCUUUCCUUUAUAAACCCAAUCUUCUUCGUGAGAGAGUGUCAGUGAGAGAGAAGAAGACGAGAAUGGGGCACGCCACGACUCUCUCUCACUUCCUCAUCCUCUCUUCCUCCAGGCUCUCUCGUCUCGGGUCUCGCACUAGAUUCCUCACAAAACCCACUCCUCUCUCCGGCUCUUUUUCUCCCUUUCCGGUCACCGGACAAGGGUUCCGAUGCUGUUGCUCCGCCGCCACAGAAGACCCUUCUCCUUCUGUAAAGAAACGCGUGGUCUCUGGUGUCCAGCCUACAGGUUCAAUUCACUUAGGAAACUAUCUCGGUGCUAUCAAAAAUUGGGUCGCUCUUCAGGAUACAUAUGAAACACUCUUUAUCAUCGUAGACUGUCACGCGAUAACACUUCCAUAUGAUACACAUCAACUAGGAAAGGCAACUACGGAUACCGCAGCACUUUAUCUAGCAUGUGGUAUAGACGUUUCUAAGGCUUCGGUAUUUGUGCAAUCUCACGUCCCCGCUCAUGCGCAGUUAAUGUGGCUUUUAUCUGCAUCCACGCCUAUUGGUUGGUUAAAGAAAAUGACUCAAUUUAAAGAGAAAUCACGCAAGGAGGGGGCUGAGGAUGCUAGUGUCGCUUUGUUUACUUAUCCUGAUCUGAUGACUGCUGAUAUCCUCUUGUAUCAGUCUGAUUUUGUCCCUGUUGGCGAGGACCAGAAGCAGCACAUAGAACUUGCCCGUGAAAUCGCUCAGCGUGUGAAUCAUUUAUAUGGUGGAAGAAAGUGGAAGAAGCUUGGAGGGCGCGGUGGUUCGCUCUUUAAGAUACCAGAACCACUCAUACCACAAGCUGGAGCCCGUGUUAUGUCUCUUACCGAUGGUCUUUCCAAGAUGUCCAAGUCCGCACCUUCUGAUCAAUCCCGGAUCAAUCUCCUUGACUCAAAAGAUCUGAUUGUGGACAAGAUAAAACGGUGCAAGACAGACUCAUUUGCAGGCCUUGAAUUUGACAAUGCUGAGAGACCUGAAUGCAACAAUCUCCUCUCAGUAUAUCAGAUUGUUUCCGGCAAGACGAAAGAGGAAGUAACGGAGGAAUGCAAAGAUAUGAGCUGGGGUACAUUUAAGCCUCUCCUUGCAGAUGCUUUGAUCGAACAUUUGAGUCCUAUCCAGGCCCGUUAUCAGGAGAUAAUAGCGGAACCAGCGUAUUUGGACAAAGUAUUGUCAGAAGGCGCGGAUAGAGCUGCGGAAUUAGGAGAUGUCACAAUGCGCAAUAUGCACCAAGCUAUGGGAUUCUAUCAGAGGAGGAGAUAGUGCCACUAUUAAGGUCGGCGUUUUUGAAAUUAUAAAAGAAAAAAUGAGUAGAGUUACAUUUGCGAAAUAUUUAUUGAUUCUUGAGGUAUUAUUAUUAUUUUUGCAAUAAUUUUGAUCCAUCUUGUUCUAAACAGAUAGGUGCAUUCACUAUGUAUCCACUUUGCGUUAAGACUUCUUGCACAAUCAUUAACCAAUUCAAUGGAAAUUAAAUAUGCUGAA